AUGGAGCGAACAAUCGACCAAGAACUCCGUAUGCGACAAGCUACGAUUGAUGACCUGGAUGGAAUCACAAAACUUGCUAUUGAAGCCUUCCCUGAUGAUCCAGAACGAGAUUACCGAUUCCCAUAUCGCCAUGAAUACCCUGAAGAUCAGUGGAAGUGGACCAGAGCUGAGUAUGAGGGGUUUUUGAGACAGCCUGAAAGCUAUGACAUUCUCGUCAUAGAGGCUGGGCAAAAGAUUGUCGCUCUGGGCAUCUGGGAUGUCUCUGGUCUUACUGGUGCCAAACCAGUCAAACCCGGUGUUCUGGGCGACAACGAACGUCGUGAUGCAAAUCUCCCUCACAUGCGAUAUUUCGCGUCGCGCGUAGAAGAAGUUUAUGAUAUGCAUUUCAGUCAAUUCGGCAGCAAGCAACUCCAUCUUGUUAAUCUCGCGACGCAUCGCGAUUAUCGCAGAAGAGGUUGCGGCGCUGCUCUUUGUAAAUACGGAAUGGAAAAGGCAGAGCGCGAGGGAUUUGUCGCUACGGUUUUUGGGAGUCCAAUGGGAAUCAAGCUGUAUACGUCCGUCGGGUUCAAGCCGAAUACUUCACUGUCUGCCACUGCGAAUGCUGCACUGGCAGUCACGUGGAAUCGGUUAAUUGCAUCAGCCUCCCGCAUUCACCUUUAUAAGGCUUCUCCUCACCUUCACGAGAAUGCGCGCGGCAUGGCUCAACAACAGUUCCAUUUCAUCGCCUUUAUUUCCUUCUUCGCUUUUACACUCUACAUCAUGUUCACCUGGGCAAAUCUCCGUCAAAUGGUUCCCUUUCUUUCGCAGAGUCGCACUCUGCCCGAUCUCCUCACUGUUGACGCCAAGGCUCUGGCCUCCGGAUUGACAAGUGGGCACUUCACCAGUGUUGACUUGGUGGAGAAGAGCCUUGAGAUGAUUCAGAAGCAUGACAAGUAUCUUCAUGCGAUGUUGAGUUUGGUGCCGAAAGAUCAGCUGCGACAGAGAGCAGAGGCGCUUGAUAAGGAGCGAAAGGAUGGCAAGGUCCGGGGGCGAUUGCAUGGGAUCCCGAUUGUGAUCAAGGACAACAUCGCGACGGUUCCUGAGCUGGGGAUGGAGACGACUUGUGGUUCUUGGGCGCUGCAUGGCAUGACCCCAACCUCGAAUGCCGAUCUCGUCAACAAGCUCAUCCAAGCUGGGCUCAUCAUCAUCGGCAAAGCGAAUCUGAGUGAAUGGGCAUAUUAUCGAAGCAAUGACCUCCCGAGCGGUUGGUCCGGCAAGGGCGGCCAGUGUCAAUCCGCCUACGUUCGCGGCGGCAUCGAUCCUGAUGACAGCAACAACGGUCACAGCAACCCUUCCGGCUCUUCUACCGGCUCAGCAGUCGCCGUGUCCGCAGGCUACGCCCCCCUCUCCAUCGGCACCGAAACAGACGGAUCCCUGGUAUCUCCCGCGUCGCGAGCAGCUUUGUACACGAUCAAACCGUCAAUCGGACGCGUUUCUCAGUCUGGGAUCAUCCCUAUCAGCCAUACCAUGGACUCAGCUGGACCUAUGGCCAAGACCCCACACGACCUCGCCGCUUUGCUCGAUGUCAUCUCUGGUACUGAUGAGUUUGCGACUCUGGGAGGAUCCUGGGAUGAGCUGUCGGUCGCGACGAUCGACUUCAAGAAAUGGUGGCCAGGGGAGGAUUACCUUAAGCCUGUUGAGAGUGCGACAGAGCAGAUGCACGCCGAGAUCCAAGCUGCGUAUGACAAGAUGGAGGAGCUAGCCAAGAAGUAUGUCGGCGACGCUCCUCUUCCGCCUCCUUCUGAGAGUUUCAUGCUUGACGGGAAGGACAGUGAGGGAGUCAUCAUGAAAGUGGCCGAUUUCAAGCACGACCUCAACAAAUUUCUCGAGUCAGCGGAAAACACCAAGAUCCAUUCCCUCAAAGAUCUUAUCGAGUUCAACAAGGCCCAUCCCGAUCUCGAAAUGCCUCCUGGCUACGAUGACCAGGGACUCUUGAUCGACGCCGAAGAAUCAGAUCUCUCACUCGAAGACUACGAGAAGAACCUCUCUCAUCUCCGAAAGGUUGCGCGCGACGAUGGAUUGGAUCGCAUCUUCAAGGAAUACGGUGUCGAUGUGAUUGUCGGAUCAAGCGACACUGCUAUCAAGGCGUAUGCAAGUGGAAGUGGGUACCCCGUCGGAAAUGUUCCUCUCGGAUACCUAGACUUCAACGGCCGCCCUUUCGGACUCGCAGUCCUCGCAGCCAAGAACCAGGAAGCCAAGAUUCUCAAGUUCAUGAAUGCAUGGGAGGGUACUUUCGGUCCGAGGAAAGCUCCGCCGCUGCUUCAGUGA